AUGGCAGGUGCUUGCUCGCGAACUCUGGCCGUGGUGCUGCUCCUGGCAGCUGUGCAGGCGCGACUGAUGCAGAAGCCGCACUCGGCGUUGCUGGAGAAGGCAUCUGAAUCAAGCCUGGACGAUGUGCAGCUGGAGAUCCUCUCCGAACCCAAGGAUGAGAAGACCCAGCAGGCAGAAGAGGAUGUCAAGAAAGUGGCGAAGAAGGAGGAGAAGGAAGUGGAUAAGAAGGAGGAGGACAAGAAGGAGGUGGCCAAGAAGGAGGUGGCCAAGAAGGAGGUGGCCAAGAAGGAAGCGGACAAGAAGGAGGAGGCCAAGAAGGAGGAGGCCAAGAAGGAGGAGGCCAAAAAGGAAGAGGCCAAGAAGGAUGAGGCCAAGAAGGAAGAGGACAAGAAGGCAGAGGCCAAGAAGGAUGAGGACAAGAAGGAGGAGGACAAGAAGGAAGUGGCCAAGAAGGAGGAGGACAAGAAGGAAGAGGCCAAGAAGGAUGAGGACAAGAAGGAGGACGACAAGGACGUGGAGAAGGAAGUCGAGAAGGAGAUGGAGAAGGAAGAGGCCCAGGACGCCAAGAAGGGCAAGAAGGAUGAUGAGGAUGCGAAGGUCACUGUCGUCGUGGACGACAAGGAGGGGAUCCAUGACCCCCACAACCAGGGCAAGACCAAGAUCGUGCCGGACGAGUCGAAGGAGAAGAAGGAUGCAACCGGACCCGAAGUUACGGUGCACAACAAGGGCCCCCUGCCGGACGAUGAGAAGGUUGAUGUCACCGUCGUGGUGAAUGAGACCAAGGGCUCGGAAGCUUCUGCACCGGACAAGCCGGAGGUGUCCGUCGACGUCCACACGAAGGAGGUGGUCGUCAGCGACGUGAAGACCACUACCACGGAAGAAGCCAAGAAGGACGAGGACAGGAGCUCCAGUGGCAGGGCGGACACUUUGCUGCAGUCAGGUGAUCUCGUUGGCCCUGGGUCUGCUGGGCUUCGCCGUGGCCUUCUGAGGGACUCCCUCGCGCGCUGGGGGAUCCAGCUGAUGAAGAAGCUCUUGGCGGCCUCGCCUCUGCACCGUGAGCAGCACGACCAGGUCAUACAGCACUUCGACAUGCAGGAUCCGGUGAAAGUUGCUGACCUAGCAGCCGGGAUCUCCUCGGCAGAUCGGAAGGCUCUGCAGGACGUCCUCGAAGAGCAAAACCCAAAGGCGAAGAUCGACAAGGUGCGAAGCAUCUUAGAAGCCGACCUCAGCACUGCCAAGCUCCAGUCGGAGGUGAAGAGCAAAGUGGAGGAAAAGGUCGCGAAGGAGCAGAAGACGAAGAUCCUUUGGGAGCAGAUGCGCCAGAUCCAGAAGGAGCUGGGCAUCGAGAAGGACGAGAAGCAGACGCUCACCAACCAGUUCCGCGAAGCCAUCCAGUCCAAGGAGCUCCCGGAGGAGGUGCAGAAGGUGAUUGAGGCUGAGCUGGCGAAGCUGAACUCCUUAGAGCCGUCGUCUUCAGAGUUCAACGUCUGUCGAACCUACUUAGAGUGGCUCACUUGCCUUCCAUGGGGUCAGUUCACCCCUGAGAACCGUGACAUCAAGCAUGCUGAAGCAGUGCUGGACGAGGACCACUACGGCCUGGAAGACGUCAAGGAGCGGAUCCUCGAGCACAUCGCCGUGAGUUUCCUGAAGGAUUCUACCCAGGGCAAGAUCAUGUGCCUGGUCGGCCCGCCGGGCGUGGGCAAGACCUCGGUGGGCAAGAGUGUGGCGAGGGCGCUGGGGCGCAAGCUCUGGGCUCGGGAUGCACCAGACAUCACCAGACCAUGUCUCACGCCUAGCGGCCUAGCAGAACCAGAGACGCUUCGCGCAAAGCAGUGGCUUCUUUUUUUGGCACCCCCUUCAAGACUUUGGGAGACGACCUUGGGGCCUUGCACCACUAGUCCUCCCUUCGCCGCCAUGGAUGCGACCGACGGGCUGGAUGAGUUGGCCCUGCUCGAUGCGACUGAGGAGCUGCGGGGCCUUGUGGGCUUUGAAGAUCCGGAGGUGGACUUAGCACACCGAUUGGCAUUUCGGCAGCAGGGCCGGGCCGCCUUGGCGCCCCUCGUGGCCUCGCUCCGGGCCGGGGAGCCGCUGCCGGAGCUUUCUGCACUUCGCUGCGUGGUGCGGAUACUGGGGACCUUGGCAGGAGACCCUACAGGGGACACCGUGCCUCAGAGCCACUGCAGCGGCUCCGAACUCGCGCAGGCGAUGCGGAGUGAGGUGCUCACCACCGCCGUGCUGGAUCUCCUCCAGCUGCGACUCACCAGUUUUGCGGCCGAGGAGCAGCCCUGGAUCCUCGUGGAGGGCCUUCGGGCCCUGCGCCUGCUCCUCAUUGUGCCUGAGGAUGCCAAGGAGGCCUCCGUGCACAUCACCUCGGGCUUCGCAAGAGAGCCCUGA